AUGGCUGCUGAAAUGUUUCGCAGUUCAGAGAUUCAUAACCACUUCAACAAGCUCAUUUGGGUUAGUGUUUCCGAUCCAACGGAAAAAAAUAUAUUGCUUUUGAUUCUAAGACAGCUGGAUCCAUCCGAACCUCCACGUGUUAUUCCUUUUGAGUUACGCAAGCAAGUUGGAAGGCUGUUAAAGGAAAAAAAAAUCUUGCUUGUCCUAAACGAUGUGCCGAAAUUGAGUAAGGAAGAUUUAAAAGGGCUUCUAAUCACCUUAGGAGAGAGUGAUAAAGGGAGUAAAGUCUUGAUCACCGGUGAUAAUCCUGAAGUGGCUAAUUUUGUUGAAGAUGAUUCUCUCAUAGAGUUGAAGCUGCUGAAACAUGAGCAAAGUUGGGACUUACUAAAGUGGGAGUUACUAAAGAAGCUUCCAUGCCCACCUGAGUUUGAAAUCCAUGGACAACUAAUUGCAGAAAAUUGUAAUGGCCUACCUCGAGAUAUUGUUUCAACGGCUAACGCUUUAAUCACAAAGCUUAGACGUAUAGACGAUCCAAGUGGUCGGAUUCAACUUGUAGCAAAGAAUUUGGUUAAAAUUGAAGAGAAGAGGCUUGACGGUUCGGCUAAAACAUGCAGCAUCACUGAGUCAAUUCAUAAGUUCUGUCAAAAAGAAUCUGAACCUGAUCGAGAGAACUUCCUCCAAGAAUUCAUAAAGCAUGACCGGGAAGGAUUCUUUCCUGUAAUCGAUGGGGUAAAGAAAAAUCGACGUGUUUGUGUUCAUGGACACAUUUCUAAGUUCAUCCCAAAAUUCAUCUCUUCUUCAAGACAAGAGAUCUGGCUCCGGUCAUUUGUUUCUCACUCCAAUGAAGCAUUCACUUUGCAUAAGAAUGACAUUUCGAAGAUCCGUGCAGCUUUCAACCUACUUAGGGUGUUGGAUGCCAAGCCCAUCAAUGUCAAAAGAAUCCACAGUGAAUUGUGCCUCCUGGUACAUUUGAGGUACGUCACCCUUUCGCUCAAGGGUGACGUUCUCCCAGAAGCUAUCUCCAAACUUCGGAAUGUACAGACUCUUAUAGUUCAUACAACAUCCCGCACCCUCAAGAUUGAAGCAAAUAUAUUGGUGAUGGUUGAGUUAAGGCAUUUCGAAACAAAUGCUUCAGCUACUUUACCCAAAAAAAGUGGAGCUUCAGAGGAAGAUGAAAGGCUGGAGACACUCUGCGGCAUUUCCCCUAAAAGUUGCACCUCAGAAUUAUUCGAGAAACUUCCCAAUUUAAAGAAACUAGGCAUAUGUGGCCAACUUGCACUACUGCUUGAUGGAAAGAAUGAUUUGUUGUGCAAAUUAGAUAAAGUUGAAAAACUUAAGCUGCUAAACCAAGAGGAAACUGGAGACGAGAAACUAAAGCUACCAACAUGGAUAACAAGUUCUAAACAAAAAGGCCAACUGAACAGCCUGAUUCUCGGACCCUCGACAUUCCAUGGAAGCCUAAGGACUCUAACAUUGUCUGCUACAUGUCUCAGUUGGGAGCAUAUUUUUGUUCUUGGAACACUGCAGCAACUGGAGGAGCUGAUGCUAAAAGAUAACGCAUUCUCUGGCAAGGAGUGGAAGGUCCAUGAUGAUGGUUUCCCCCAUCUUCAAAUAUUGAAAAUUAAGAACUUACAUUUUGAAAAUUGGAAAUGUUCAAGGAGUCACUUCCCGCGGAUCAGACGCAUUGUGUUGUUCAAAUGCGAGCAACUGCAAGAAAUUCCCAUUGAGUUGGCUCAUAUCCCAACCUUCCAAGAGUUGCAUUUGCAAAAUGGUGGUGAAAUAGCUAAAAUAUGUGCCAUGGACAUUCGCGAGAAGAAACUAGAAAUGAGAAAUACUAACCACAACAUCGUGUUCAAGCUCUUACCUAAGGAUAUAUUCAGAUGA